AACCAAGUAGGAUUUUAGGUGCAGGGUAAACCUCGACCUGAUGCCCUCACCUUUUCAACAUACUACACUGUAGGGGAAGGAAGGUUGUCAACUUGAAAGAAAACGUGUUGAAGACCUUGACAGGACAGAUUUGAUUUUUUUUUGUUCUGGUUGAUGGAAGAAAAAGGAGCAAAGAAGAGAAGAAAAUAUACAUUGGAUGCUUCCUGGCUCGAUUUAAUUAAUUGUCUUCAAGUCCUCAUUUGACACUCUGAUAUAGCAAGAAAGUACGGCAAAGGUGCAACCAUGGACCUCGGUGGUUUGGAGACAGUGGUGGCAAACUCUGCCUAUGUCUCCGCCCGUGGCAGCGUGGAUGGAGCUGCAGCAGCUGCCAUGCGUGACAAGAAGAUGCGCGCCAGGCUGAAUAUCCCACACAUCAGAGAUUGUGAACACAUGAAGGCAUCUGUAGACACAACCUUUGACAGCAUGUGUGUCAAACAGCCCAUUGGCAAGCGCUUGUUCCAGCAGUAUCUCGAGAGUGAAGCGAACCAUAAAAAUGCCGCAGAGCUGUGGAAAGACAUGGAAGACUACACCAUAUGCCAAGAGAAGGACAGAGUGCAGAAGGCCCAAAAAAUAGUCAAUAAAUACUAUGAGUCAUCAUCCAAGAAUUUUUGCAGCUUUCUGGAGGAGAAGGCUGUCACUCGAGUGAAGGAAGACUUCAAGAACGUCCGUGGUGACCUGUUUAAAGAGAGUGGGCAGCAGCUGAUGAAACACCUGGAGCAGAAGGCCAUAGAGGGCUUUAAGAACAGCAUGUACUUCCUGCGGUUUGUUCAGUUCAAAUGGCUGGAGAGCCAGGCUGUUGAUGAGGAGUGGUUCAUGGACUUCAGGGUCCUGGGUAAAGGAGGUUUUGGGGAAGUGUUUGCUUGUCAGGCUAAAGCAACUGGCAAAAUGUAUGCCAACAAGAAGCUGGAGAAAAAGAGGCUGAAGAAACGCAAAGGCUACCAGGGAGCAAUUGUGGAGAAGCGCAUCCUUGCAAAAGUUCACAGUCGCUUUAUUGUGACGCUGGCUUACGCCUUCCAGACCAAGACUGACCUCUGCCUAGUUAUGACCAUCAUGAAUGGUGGCGAUCUCAGGUUUCAUAUGUACAAUGUGGAUGAAAAAAAUCCUGGUUUUGAUGAGAAUAGAGCACGUUUCUACACAGCUCAGAUCAUCUGUGGACUGGAGCACCUUCACCAGCACAGGAUCAUCUACAGAGACCUGAAACCAGAGAACGUACUGCUGGAUGACGCAGGACACGUUCGCCUGUCAGAUCUGGGUCUGGCUGUUGAACUUCCACCAGAAAAAAGCACAACUACUGGAUAUGCUGGAACUCCAGGUUUCAUGGCUCCAGAGUUGCUCCAGAAGAAGGAGUAUGACUACUCAGUGGACUAUUUUACUCUUGGAGUCACCUUGUUUGAGAUGAUCGCAGCCAAAGGACCCUUUAGAAUACGAGGAGAGAAGGUUGAAAAUGAGGAGGUAGCUCGCCGAAUCUUGAACGAUCCAGUUGCAUAUACACCAAACUUUAGCAAAGAGUGCAAGGAUUUUUGUGAAGGCCUGAUGGCCAAGGACCCAGCAAAACGCCUUGGCUUCAAAAAUAAUGACUGCGAGGAGCUCAAGAAUCAGCCCUUCUUCAAAGAAAUUAACUGGGGCCGUCUAGAAGCAGGUAUGCUACCGCCACCAUUUGUCCCUAAUCCUAAAAUGGUCUAUGCCAAAGAUAUUACUGAUGUGGGCGCGUUCAGCACAAUCAAAGGUGUGGUGCUGGAUGACACGGACACUGCGUUCUACAGUGACUUUGCUUCUGGCAACAUCCCAAUCCCCUGGCAGGAGGAGAUGAUCGAGACAGGUGUGUUCGGAGAGCUGAAUAUCUGGGGAGAAAGUGGCAAGCUUCCCAAUGACCUCGACCCAAACUAUGUGGCAGCCAAAGGUGGAGGAUGUGUGCUUCUCUAAGUAGUAACAGAAGAAACAGAAACAGAGCAAAGGAAAAUCUGUUAAAAUAAAAACACUUUUAGAUUCAAUAUGUGCUCAUUUGGUGCCACUUACUCCUGUAUUAUCUUUAAUGUGUACAAUAAUCUGUUAUUGUUGUAAUAAAUUAAUAUUAUUUGUGUAUUUACAGAUUAUUAUAUUGUAUACUUAUAUUGUAAUAUUUAUAGUGUUAUUGUAAAAGGGGUAUCAUUGUAAAAUAUCACAUAGUUGAAAUAUUAUGUAACAAAAAAUGUAAAUAUGGUAGUACUAAUAAUGACUGUAAACUUGUUGAUACUAAUCAUGUCAAUACUUUUGUUUAGCAAUUACAGACAAGUAAAAUUAUUUUGUAUAGAAAACACAUGUUUAUAUAAUAUAAAUGAUUUGGACCAAAGAUGUAAUUAUUCUUUCUUCAUUUACUGUAUUAUAUAACAAAAAGUAUUUAAGUUAUUAUCAUGGUAAACAUUGUAUAUAGAAGAGUCAAAAGCAAUCAAUAAAAUAUUGCAAAGCAUAAA